AUGUGUUUACCUGGUCUCGCUGCAGAUGUCGAUCAAGCACCGUGGGUUGGAACUAUGGACAAAUCUCUUCAGGCAUGCGAGAGGAUGUGGAAAAGUCACCCGAAAAGUGCCACAAAUCCGCUCUACUGGAAUGAAGACCCGCUCAUGACAGACUACGUGCCGCUUUUGAUGAUAGCCUAUUACCACACCUAUGCUUCUCGAUGGCUCAAGCUUCUCAAGGCAAGUCUUUGCGAUACCCUGGGGAACCGGCUGUCUUUCAUGAAAGCUCAACUAUCAUCAAGCCAACGACGAUCCGCAGAUCCGUCGUCCCCCACGGGCUCGCUCGCAUCGCACGAGGCUCUUGUGGAUAUUUUGAUGCCGCGGACGGAGACGCAAUGGAGCACUCUCUACCGCGCUGCCAAGUUUGCCGCUGCGCAUCUGUCGCUUCGGGCGAAAGUGGGUUUCAAGCAUGUUGCGCGUGUGGGACCUCUGGAAAUGGGUUUCCACUACGUGGUUGCUGGGUUUGAAGGAGGUAUGCCGUCCCGUACAAUUCUGCUAGCCUGUCUAACCUCGAAAGCCAUUCUACUUGCGUACUGGAUGGCCGCAGCCAGCAAGCAGCAACGAUCUGACGCAGAUACACGGUUCUUACGGUCGGCCGUGCACGAGAUCAUGGAGGAGAUGGACGACCCGAUCUAUAAAGGCGGUGCGUUCGCCGCUGCGCCACUUGGCGCGCUGCGCUCAAUGAUGGAGAGUGGAUGGGUUUGGGGCUUCGCUCGCUCAAGAGCUGAGCAGCUGCAUAAGAUGGAAAUUAGACUCCAACAAUCUCCAAGCCGGCCGGAAGACAUGUCAUAG